AUGCUCAUGGAUCCACUUAGCACCUAUCCCUACACACCACCCAACCCAACACCCAUAUUGUUAUCCAUGCUCACUAUCUCCCAAGCCAACGCCCAUAUUGUCAUCCAUGCUCACUAUCACCCAAGCCAACACUCGAGUUGCCACCCAUAUCCAAACUGUAGCCCUGACCACCUAUCAACCUGCCUCCGAAAGCCAGAUUCACCCAAUACCUCUGUCAUCACCACACCCCCUACCAACAUCCCAUCCCCUCAUGCCCACCACCCCCCAAAAUCCACUGCCAUUUGCCCCUCUAUAUAUGGGAGAACAAUGAGGCUAUGUUGGUUCAACCCAUAA